ACCCGGACGUUCGAGGGAGACGCGUCUGUCUUCUGUGGCACGUACGCGUCGUAUCGGUACGCACGUUGUUCGCCGUCGUGGCCGUAACGUAACAAUCACGCUCGAUCGUAAAUAACUCGCCGACCGGGGAGGUCAACGUUCGACCGUGCCGAUUAUUAUUCGCGGGUAGAUAGACUCGACAGUGCGCGAAAAAAUCUGGAGACGCGCGCUGACCGCAUCGCACGAGGCUCGAAACGAAGAGUGAGAGGAAGGAAGAGAGGGAGAGUGAGAGGACACACGAGCACACCGUGGAAAAGAGGGUGGGAACGGCGAAGAAAAAGCUCUCUCUAUCUCGACUGCCUCGCCGGCUUUCCACGGCCACGAAUCGAUACCACGCGACCGUCGCCGCCGUCGGUCGUUCCUCUCUCUCGACCUCUUCUCGUCGUUCGCUACUCGUGCCUACCAACCACGCUCGCGUCGAUUUUUCCUCUCUCUUGACGCGCUCGCCGACUCGUGGUUGUCUCCUCACGGUCGCCGCCAUUCCGCAUCGACUGCACGAAACUUUUUUCACGGGGUAUCGCGUGUCGUCGUGACUUCGAAUUUUGGCGGUCGAGUUUCGCGCGAUUGAUGAUCGACGUUCGAUAAUCGCCGCCACGCGAGAAUGGCGCGACCGUAGUGGCGCGAACGUCGAACCCGCCAAAACAACCACUGGCUGCUGCUGACGGACGACGCAGCCCGUUCCCUCGUCGAGGAUAGAGGACGUGAAAAGGUGAUACUGGUGUUAUCAGUGCGAGGCAGUGACAAUAACGGUUGUCCUCGACCGCGUACAGUGCAUUUAUUUGUUCACGGAGGAGAAUCGACUCGGCCGGAAGCCCCGUGGUGCGUUACUCUGUGUGGCACGUGACGAUCGACGUUUGUUUGUUUUGGUGCUUACCGCCCACGGUGUUCGACCUGUUUCGGAGCAGUUAAUCGAAUCAUCGAGGACAUCUUGCGAAAUCGCUGACAACUUUCGUCCAGUGACCAGCAGGAUUUUCGCAACUGGAUCGUUGAAAAAUGUAGUUGCGGCUUUCGGGGCACGAGGGACACGAACGCGCAGAUCCACGCUGUGCGAAUCGCUGCAUCGCCAGACAGAGGGGCUGUGAUGAGGGAAGCCGGUUAAAGGACCCUGUGUCGCGCAGGCGCCGGUAGGAGUACAGGAAAGAUGCUGCCUUCCUCGAGAGCUUUAUUAAGCCCGCUGCUGCUUCUAAUCAUCGCUGGAAGCACCGGUGCCUUCGGCUCCCGACAAGGAGAAUGCACGUUUCCACCGAAAUGGGAGGGUACCUGGUUUCAAAGCGGAGUCACGCACCCUAUCGUCAUCUCCAAGAACGAGCUGUCCGGCAAGGGCAGGUGUCUGCACAACGAGGGCGACAAGUUCCUUCUAGUGAACCAAAAAUCCUGCUACCGUUGCGUCGUCAUUCACGAGAAGCACUCAAACGUUCUUCAGUACAAAGAAACUUACUGUAACAGUAGAAGCUCACUCGCAUCCCUGUGCUCGUCCAUCACAGGAGAUGCCUUGCUCUAUUCGAUGUUCAGAGAGGAGGCGACACCUGUGCCGUGUCCCUUUCGAGGCCCCAUGACCUUCUCCUACAACCGAGGUCACGGAACCUGUUCGGUACCCGUCAGCAACGUCGACACCUGCACCGAUGACAGCAGAUUGCUCUUCAGAUACCAGGCGUGUCCGGACAUACCUGCCUCCGAAAGCGCAGUCGAAGAGUUGGAGUGCCUGGCCACCUGGAAGGAGGGCAGUAGCCGCUACCUGGUCGGCCGUUUACAUCAUGGACACGCGUCGAGUAACGAAGAUCGAUACCGAUGCUUCGUCUACGAGAAGGCUGGCCAAACAGUGCAGGGUAAUCUGCACAGAGCUGCCAUGGGCAUGGGAGCCGUGGAUCAUGAUGUCGGUUUACAGAGCGGACCUGUGCCCGAGGGUGCGGCCGAGAUAUACCGGGUGGCGCAGAGCGGAGACGCCACGUGCAACGGCCUGUUCAGCCCUAUGGAGGGAUCUCGGACCAUGACUCUCAUGAAAGUCUCGCCACCCGGCCAGUGUCGAUUUCCCAAUUGGUUGACCGGCCAUUCCAGCGGCGGCGGACUGACCUGGCACACCCUCGACCUGACCAGGUCUUACACGUUCCAUCCGCGGAACGCUUCCCUGCACGUGACCAGAUCCAACACCAGUUCCUCGAGAUUCGACAACGGUGGCCCGCUGGACGGCCAAUACGUCCCUGGCCAAGAGGAUCAGGACGUGAAAAUCCUGUGCAACAGCGUGAACCAAUCGAACUCCGCGCAAACGAUGACGAUGACCAUGCUGGUGGCGCAUUACACCGUCGGAUGUCGGAGCGGUUUUAUGUGCAUGACGUUCUACCGAAGGGACGGCCACGUGGUGGAGGUGCAGACCGGAAGCGCCGUUUCGAGGCCGGAAGAAGCUUGCAGCACGCCCCACUUUCAGCAGCACAACAUACCCUUCCUCACCUUAGUCACCAGUUCUCCAGAGCUACGCACGUGCCCGUACUUGGGAAAAUUUACCGUAACGGGGGUGAACCGGAACCAGCGGAACAUCCGCGAUAGCCGGAGGAACCAGCACCAGGAGGCCGUCAGACGGGACCGUGAAAAGGUUCGACACGCUCAGGAACGAACGCAGGAGGAUCGCCGUGGCCGGAAGCUCGACUUUGAAGCGGAGAAACGUCGGGCGAACAACGAGUACCUCGUCCACGAGCGAAUGGGUCGACGUGCCAGAUCGAGCCGCAACAACAGAGGCCACAGGGAUCACAGCCUGGAGGAAGCGUCCUCGAAGAGAUCCCUGGACAUCGAAGACAUCCUUCGAGACCGCUCGUGGUCCAAGGUCAGAAGGCCGGAGGAAACACGGUCCAACGAAGGUUCAUCGAGGUCGAACGUCAGAAGAACCCACGACCUCGAGAAACGGUCGACGACCGUCGAGCAGAGAGACAGGUCGAGAAGAAUGCCGAAAAUGGAGGACUUCCGGGUGGACGCUGACGAUUUCGCGCGGAUCAGACAAUUCUGGACGCCCGACUUCGACGACUCCGACGGCUCGAGCAUCCUCGAGGUCCAGGAGGACUAUUUCGGCGACUAUCCGGACAGCUCGGACCUGCCAAAGAAGAGGUCGGGCAGGAACUAUCGGAGAAUGAUGUACAACGACCUGUCGAGGACGAGGAGGGACGUCGAGGAGCUCGACUCCGGGGACGACUCUUCCGAAAGAAGAGAAAAGAGGGAGGAGGAUAUUUCUAGAUGCAGCUCGGAGGUCACGACCAUCACCAUCGGCUGCUCCAACUUGGAAAAAAUGGAGUUUCAGACGGACUGCGUCGACGACAGCGCGAUCGCUUACUCCUGCCACGGUAGAUGGUUCGACGCCGAGGGCACCCAAUUCGUGAUCGCCACCCAACUGGCGCCCGGGACAACGUGGACCGGCGAAAGCAACAGACCCCAGCCCUACAGGAACAGCCGAAGAUUGUGCUUCAUGUACAAAGAGAGCGGCGGAGUUGUCAGUUUAACUGCCAGCGAGGUGGCUUGCCAAAGAGGAAUACCCCCGCCCCCGCCUAUGUUGGCCUUCAAUGCUACCAGUACCGGUCAAUGCAUGGAGGAGAACGGUGGCAUCGUCGCACGGUCGACGUACCUGAUGAUCGUCACCCUGACGGCGAUCGUCGCGAUAUACAGGUGAUUUUAAUCGAACGGACGACGAUCUCGCGACCGUUAAAUCGACGUUUGGUAAUCUACGUUAUCGGACACACCGUGUGAGUGACGAAGACCCGAAUGGUGGUACAUGUGUAUAAAAAAAUAUAUAAAUAUAUAAAUAUAUAUAUA